AAAGGGGAAAUCUCUCAUUGGUAAACAAUAUACAACUAGCUAGUAACAUUAACUAAAAUCUCAGGAGUGUUGCAGUUUUAACUGUCUGAGAAUGGCCACAUUUUGGCAAACCCUAAUACACUAUGCAGUUGUGGGGUGUCUCUUGAGUAGUUUUGCGGUGGAAGGGAGGCCAGCUUAUAGUUAUGUUUCUCCACCACCACCGGCCUCCCCUCCGCCGUAUACUUAUACCUCUCCGCCACCACCAUCGACUCCCUCUCCACCACCGCCAGUGCAUUCGCCGCCCCCUCCUUCACCUCCACCACCGUCACCACCACAUUCGCCUCCUCCACCUUCACCUCCACCGCCUUCUCCACCACCUUCACCUCCUCCGCCCUCACCUCCCCCGCCUUCACCACCACCUUCGCCUCCUCCACCCUCACCUCCCCCGCCUUCACCACCACCUUCGCCACCUCCACCCUCACCUCCCCCGCCUUCACCACCACCUUCCCCGCCUCCACCUUCACCUUCCCCGCCUCCACCUCACCUCUUUCUCUCCCCACCUCCACCAGUUAAGGAAAUUCCACCAGCACCCCUGGUUGCAUCUACACCACCACCACCUAAAAAAGCUCCUUACGUGUAUGUCUCACCACCUCCACCACCUAAAAAAUACGUGUAUGUCUCACCACCUCCACCAACUGAAUCUGGUCCUGCCCCUUUUGUCUACAAAUCUCCACCAUCAUCCUCUCCAUCACCAAGUCCAUCAACACCUUCACAUGAAGCUCCACCUCACUAUAUCAACACUUGUCCCCCACCACCACCCUCUUCUCCUUCAACUCCUAAAGAAUCCCCUCCAUCUCCUUUUGUCUACAAAUCUCCACCAUCAUCCUCCCCCUCUCCAUCUCCAAAACCAAAAGAAUCUCCUCCAUCACCUUUUGUAUAUAAAUCUCCACCAUCUCCAUCUCCGGCACCAAAAGAAUCUCCUCCAUCUCCUUACGUCUAUAAGUCUCCGCCAUCAACUUCACCAUCACCAUCACCUCCGAUCAAUGCAUGCCUAACACCUCCUCCUCCACCAUCACCUCCGAUCAAUGCAUGCCUAACACCUCCUCCAACAUCAUCUUCCCCCGAAACUCCUCCAUCGCCCUUCACCUACAAACCCCCUCCAUCAAGUUCACCAUCAACACCCCCAACUGAAUCUCCUCCAUCGCCUUACGUCUACAAAUCUCCCCCAUCUCCAUCCAAAGAACAACCAUCUCCCUCACCUUCACCAUCACCUUACGUCUAUAAAUCUCCCCCGAAAAGUUCCCCCUCACCAACUCCAUCACCACCGUCAUACUCGGGUCCACCUCAUUAUAUUAACACAUGUCCACCGCCACCACCAGGAUCAGUUCCUCCGAUAGAAUCCCCACCAUCUCCAUUUACCUUCAAGCCUCCACCACAUCAUAAACAUCCUAAUUUUCCGCCUCAUUUCAAGCCCCCACCUCUACCUACUUUCCCACCAUUUCCAACAUAUAAAACUCCACCACCAUCUUCAUCUCCUUCGCCCAUUGUCAAAUCACCACCAUCUCCAUCACCCAAAGAAUCACCCAAGGAAUCCCCACCCCCACCAUCACCCAAAGAGUCACCGCCGCCACCAUCUCCCUCACCCGAAAAAUCACCACCCCCACCAUCACCUAAGGAAUCACCACCACCACCAUCUCCUUCUCCAUCCCCCAUUGUCCACAAGACUCCCCCACCCCCAAAAGCUUACACCUACAAAUCUCCACCACCUCCAAUAGCAAUGCCGCCUUUAGUUCACAUUGCAAAACCACCACCGCCUCCGUCACCGCCACCACCAUCUCCACCACCGCCGUCUCCACCCCCACCAUCACCACCACCACCAUCACCGCCUCCACCGUCCCCAUCACCACCACCUCCUUCCGUGUCUCCUCCAAAAGCAUAUACAUACGUAUCACCGCCACCACCAUCUUCUCCUCCACCGUACUCCUACACCUCUCCUCCGCCUCCCUGUACAGAAACGACAGCUUUUGUUCAACAUAAUGAUCAACAGAUCAAGUACCGAAGAAGUUCCAAACUCAUUUUUGGCCUCAAGAUGGCCUCAGUUUUGGCCUGCCUGUUAUAUGUUACGGCAUUAUGUGUAGUUGCUGCUACUACUGGUGCAAGUGCCCAUGGCAGUUGGCCUUAUGUUUAUGCUUCUCCCCCCAAAACACUGUAUACAUAUAGUUCACCCCCACCUCCUUACAUUUAUAAAUCUCCGCCUCCACCGUCUCCACGGUAUUCGUAUAAAUCGCCACCACCUCCAUAUAUCUAUAAAUCUCCACCACCACCUUCUCCUUCCCCUCCCCCUCCCUACAUUUAUAAAUCGCCACCACCACCGUCCCCCUCUCCUCCACCUCCUUAUAUUUACAAAUCUCCUCCACCACCAUCACCCUCGCCACCACCACCAUAUAUUUACAAGUCUCCUCCACCACCAUCACCCUCACCACCGCCUCCAUAUAUUUAUAAAUCACCACCACCACCAUCCCCCUCCCCUCCUCCUCCUUAUGUUUACAAAUCUCCCCCACCUCCGUCCCCGUCACCACCUCCUCCGUACAUCUAUAAAUCGCCACCUCCUCCGUCACCUUCGCCGCCUCCUCCCUACAUUUAUAAGUCCCCACCUCCACCUUCCCCAUCACCACCUCCUCCCUACGUAUAUAAGUCCCCACCUCCACCGUCACCAUCACCACCUCCUCCCUACAUUUAUAAGUCACCACCGCCACCUUCCCCCCCUCCUCCACCGCCAUAUAUAUACAAAUCACCACCACCACCAUCCCCCUCCCCUCCACCUCCUUAUAUUUACAAAUCUCCUCCACCUCCGUCCCCAUCACCACCUCCCCCAUACAUUUACAAGUCCCCACCUCCUCCUUCCCCCUCACCACCUCCUCCGUACAUUUAUAAAUCCCCACCACCACCAUCCCCUUCCCCUCCGCCUCCUUAUAUUUACAAAUCUCCUCCACCUCCGUCCCCAUCACCACCUCCACCAUACAUUUAUAAGUCCCCACCACCACCAUCUCCCUCUCCUCCACCACCUUAUUUCUACAAAUCUCCACCACCUCCAUCCCCAUCACCACCCCCACCUUACAUUUAUAAAUCACCACCCCCACCAUCUCCGUCUCCUCCACCUCCUUAUAUCUACAAAUCUCCCCCACCUCCUCCCUACAUCUAUAAAUCAUCUCCCGCACCAUCCCCAUCUCCUCUACCUUACAUUUAUGAAUCUUCACCAAUAUCAUCACCAUCACCAUCAGUAGCUCCAUCUGCAUCAAGCCCGUCUCCAUCUGCAUCAAAUCCAGAAUACUACUACAGUUCCCCAUCUCCUCCACCUUACAUUUAUGAAUCUUCACCAAUAUCAUCACCAUCACCAUCACCAUCUGCAUCAAGUCCGUCUCCAUCUGCAUCAAGUCCAGAAUACUACUACUACUACAGUUCCCCACCACUUUCCGAUGGUUAUUAAUCAACUGAACAUUGUAAUCAAAUGCAAGUGUUGGAACAUGUCUUCCUUUAUUGUUUUUCCCUUCAAAAGGUUAUCAUGAUCAGAGUUUGGAUUCAAAGCGCGCGCAGAUUGUACUUGAUUUCUUAUUUAUUAUUCCUACCUAUCGUUGAUAUUAAUUCAAGGUUAUUUCAUUUUUCAUCAA